CAGAUAGAACUGCAGAUUGAGACAGCCCUCUCUGUGUGAGCUGGUUCUUCUGAAGCCCGUCUAUCUGCAGAGUCGGUCCCGAUAACAGGAGGCUUUGCGGGGGGGUCACUUUCCGUGCGCAUCUAACGCGCCAUAUCUCCAAGCGGCGUUCACACUGACAUACACCGACAUGUUUCAGGAGAUCCCGAUUUGAUUCGGUCUAGUCUGCCUGAGAGUUACCGUGAAGUCGGCUGGAAAUGAACUCUGAAGGUACAUGUCGGUCUCAGAGCAUUCAUGAUAAGAGUCGGCGCUUCUCCUCCUCUCCCAUCCACAUGAGAAGUUUGACCGGAGCUGGCUGAAGGGAGGCUACCUGCGUUUCCGACCGGCUGUUCAGUCUUCGGAGCUCAAGCAACCGGCUGACUGUUUGACAGGACAGUAAGGGUUGCAUGCAUCAGUGCCAAGAAAUUGCAUUACGUGGGAGACUUCUGCUUAGGAGACACAGAGACAUUUCUGGAGGAUGGAGGAACGAGCUGAGCAAGGACGCACGCAGGAGAAUGGACGCAGUGACGGCAUGGCCAGAGAGCCACGCUCCUCUCCAUGCACCAGCCUGAAGAUGUUUCUGGUGGCUCUGUCCUUUGCCUAUUUUGCAAAGGCUCUGUCGGGGAGCUACAUGAAGAGCACAAUAACACAGCUGGAGAGGCGCUUUGACAUCCCCAGUUACCUAAUAGGUGUCAUUGACGGGAGCUUCGAGAUAGGUAACCUGUUGGUGAUAGCCUUCGUAAGUUACUUUGGGGCCAAGCUCCAUCGGCCAAAGAUCAUCGCAGUGGGUUGUGUACUGAUGUCCAUUGGCACCUUCAUCAUUGCCUUGCCUCACUUCAUCAUUGGACGCUAUGAAUUUGAAACAUCAGUGCGGUGGGUAGUGAACUCAACACUUAACCCCUCUCCAUGUCCAGUGGGCUCACCAGCUGACCUGACCCAAGACGGUAAACUGCCUGAAGUGCCAGCCACAGGUUGUGAAGGCGACUCUAACCUGUCGAUGUGGAUCUAUGUGCUCCUGGGAAAUGUCCUGCGGGGGAUUGGAGAGACGCCAGUUCAGCCUCUUGGGAUCUCUUACAUAGAUGAUUUUGCUACUGAGGAGAACGCUGCCCUAUAUGUGGGCUGUGUGCAGACCAUUUCGGUGGUUGGCCCUGUGUUUGGCUACCUAUUAGGCUCCCUUUGCGCCAAAAUCUAUGUGGACAUUGGAUUUGUAAAAAUGGAAACCAUCACCAUCACCCCAGCAGAUGCCCGCUGGGUGGGGGCCUGGUGGCUGGGCUACCUCAUAGCCGGGGUCAUCACCUUGCUCUCUGCCAUUCCUUUCUGGUUUCUGCCCCGCUCUCUGCCCAUAUCUGGACCCCGGGGCCCAGAGAAGUGCACGCCAGAGCAGACGAGUUUCAUUAAAGACUCUCCCCUUCUGAAUCACAAGUAUCCAGCAGACAAACAUACUAGUUUUACAGAGAUGGCCAAAGAUUUCAUUCCAACCCUGCGGAUUCUGCUGGGACACCAGGUUUACUUGAUCUACCUGUGCGUGACAAUCAUCCAGCUGAACUCUCUCAUCGGCAUGGUCACCUACAAGCCCAAGUACAUCGAGCAGCACUUCAGGCAGUCUGCCUCAAAGGCCAACUUUCUGAUGGGUGUGAUCAAUAUCCCCGCUGUGGCACUGGGGAUGUUUUCUGGAGGUCUACUGAUGAAGAGGCUGAAGCUGAACAUUAUGGGAGCGGCCAGGUUUGCCUUUGGCACGUCUCUGAUUGGUUACAUUCUAUCAUUGUUCUUCUUCGCAAUGAGCUGCGAGAAUGCCAAGGUAGCCGGGGUGACGCUUUCGUACGACAGCAUGGAUAUGAUAUCUUAUGAUAAACAUCCAGUGUUCACAACCUGCAACUCAGACUGUUUUUGUUCAGCGAGUGAGUGGGACCCAGUCUGUGGGGAGAAUGGCAUCACCUAUGUAUCUCCCUGUCUUGCUGGCUGCACCAGCUCUGCUGGCUCAGGGAAAAACACAGUCUUCUCUAACUGUAGCUGUGUCGGUGUGGCUGGUAACUUUACGGCCAGUACAGGUCAGUGCCCUCACAAGGACGACUGUGACAGGAUGUUCCCGUACUUCCUGGCUCUCUCUGUCAUCACUUCCUUUAUCAUCUCCCUCGGGGGGACACCAGGCUACAUGCUUCUUAUCAGGUGCAUAAAACCACAGUUGAAAUCUCUGGCCUUGGGUUUCCAUGCUCUGGCAACACGUACCCUCGCAGGGAUCCCAGCACCCAUUUACUUUGGAGCAAUCAUUGACACCACAUGUCUAAAAUGGGGUCAGAAGAGGUGUGGAGGCAUAGGAGCCUGUCGAAUCUAUAACACCACUGCAUACAGGAUCGCAUACCUGGGCCUGACUCUGAGCCUGCGGACUAUUUCCUUCGUUAUUUGCAUCCCGGGCUUCAUUCUGCUCAGUCGACAGCUGAAGAAGGAGGAAAGAAAUGCCAUUCAUGGAGCUCUGGCCAACGGCGGAACAGAGCUGGAGGCACUCAGGAAGGAAGAGUUUGUGAUUUCUAAUUGUGACCAACUACAACAAACAUCAGAUAACAGCACAGACCGGGAGACACGGCUGUGACAGAUCCAAAAGAAGUGACCCCGUUUGCCCCGCGCGCGCUCUCUCUCACACUCACACACACACACACACACACACACACACACACACACACACACACACACACACACACACACACACACACACACACACACACACACACACACACACACACACACACACACACACAAUAUGUACAGAGUGAUACUGUACACAAUGCGCACACACUCACAUGAUUUGCAGGGAAUCGCACGUUGUAUCCGAUUAUCUCAUAUGAAGCAUAAAUUCUAUAUUUGUACUACUGGACCUGUGAGGGCUUUGUGAAUUUGACAGAAAUUUGAUAUAACUGAAAUAUUUCUUGAAUGUACAUGCUGUUAUUUUUUCCUUAUAAAGAAAAGAAUAUUUUUCUUUUUUAAUGGUGGCACAAGAGAUUAGAUGGGAAAUGUGACUUGUACAGACUACUGCAAAAAACAGUCAUUCUGAACACCAGCACUUAUAAAGCUGCCUCUUUGGAGUUUUCUUUCAAAUGAAGUUUUCUUCCUAAUCACCAGUGUUACUGAACAGAAGAAAAGUGGCCUUAUAAAAACCAGAGGCAUGACACUAAAUAUAAAGAAUAUAAAUAUAAUAGAAUAUAAAUAUGAGGAAAAUUAGACCUUCAAAGAGAUGGAAAAGAUGAGCAGGUUGUUGUAGAAAUGUGUUUGAACAUGUUUCAGUAACUUUUAGACGGCUUUGUUGGAGUCGUUUUGACGUCUGUGCCUCAUUCACUCAAUGGUUACCUCUAAAUCAUCUGUCUUGCUGAUUGUAGAGAGCAAUUUUCAGUCACACAUUCAACAGACAUCUGAAUACCAUUUCCUUUUACAUUUCAGACUGAAUGACUUUACAGUUGUUUGGGAAAAAAAGUUUCAUUUCUGACUGACUCUAAGGCCAAAGUUAGGUCUGUUGCAGUUUGUGUUGUGCGCUUUUCUGGAUGUGAACUUGUUCUUUUGUUUUUCGUAUUCCCUAAAAAAUGGAAAUUGAAUUUUAGUGAGAUCUGCUUACCUGUUUGUGUAAUGGAAUCUGCCUUGAUUUCAAUAUCGUUGACGGCCACAAGGAGGCAGUACCAUCAUCUUAAUAUGGUACUACUGAGGAAAGAAGUUUUACUAAGAAUACAGUCAAAUAAACUUGUUAACACUGAUAAUUAGGAUUAGACCGAAUUUGCUCAGAGUAAUCUCAAAGAGCCUCAUAAGGCUCUAUUAUUAAAUAACCAUUGUUGACUGAAACAGAUGGCUGAGGUGAAAGCUUGCCCUUGUGUCUGGUGGUUGCCAUGUGUUGUGCCUUUUGAAGAGGCAGAAUUUGAGAAACACUGAGAAACGAUAAUAAUGUAUGCUGUCCCAGUCUUUAGGCAAACGACUCCACUGUGUGUCAAGUGUUACCACAAAAAGUGUGCAUUUGUGUCGCUGAUGUGUAAAAGCUCUGCUUCUGCGUCUUCAGCCGUCGCUAUACUAAAUGUUUCACUGGUCAGUCUGUUUUUACAUCAUUAGUUUUUCUGUGUAUUUUUGUUCAUGCAUGAACUGCUGUGCCAAAACCCACAAACAAAAACAUCAUGGUCUAUUCUCAGGUUUUUCCUAUCAAUUUUAUUCUUAAAACAGCUUCGAUCCAAAAUCACAACCCAUUUCCAUGAAAUCUGACAGAAUGAUUUCUCAAAAUGAAAUCAGUCCACUAGCUGCUGUAUCUCAAGACAACUGUUUAGAAAUAAUACUUUUGUCUUUGUAAAUGUAUAUUAUCAUUUUGUAAGAUUUUAUGUCCAAAAUGGAUAUGUACCAUUCUUUUUUUUUUUUGCCAACGUACAAUAUGUGCUGACCGUAUUGUCUUUUGAAUUCAGGUUCAGUUUCAGGCACAGGUGGCCACAAGUACAGAUUCAGAGGAGCAACGAGAGGUAUAGAGGAAGGAAGUCAUUAUCUCAAUAAUGUAAGGCAUUUACUUGCAUUAAAUCAGAAUGUAAAUAAUUUUCUUGGAUUAUUUUUGUAAAAUUUCAAAGAAUAUCGUAAAUGUAAUACUAAAAUAAAACUUUUAAUAUCCAAUCAAA